AUGGAUGAGAUUGGUCCCGGCAUUUUGUCCCGGGAUCUCGAGGCAUGCCGGAUGUCCAACGAGGCUCCUGCGGACGAAGAGGUCGUGGCCAGAGUUAGGGCGGCCGUCGCAGGCGACUUUCAGCCUGAGCAUGUCAACGGCUUCCCUAUGAGGCCUGAUAAGGGGUCGAUUGACCUGGGAUCGAUUGAUGCUCGAUCCUUGAAGCCUCCGAUGAAGGAGGAUGAUGUCGAUCGUGACAAGAGGCGUGAGUCCGCGGAGAAGCAAAAGUCCACAAAGGACUUAGAAAAGAAGAAGGAAAAGAAGAAGAAUCUUGAGCGACAAGUGCUGGAGACACAUCGGGCGAUGUCCAGGCAAAGGGGGGAGCCUGAGGAGGACUCUCCCGACGAGGACAACGGCAACAAGGGCGACGACGGCAGCGACAACUCUGAGGGGAUGGCGGCCCGUCUCAACAGAAUCCUCGAGGGCCCGCCGCAAGCUGACGUCGUCGUCCCACGGACGGGAGCCCCUAAGGGGGCGUCGAGCGGGUCCCGCGAUGGCCAACAGGGGGAGUUCUCUCCGCUCCAUUCUCGUGCUGACACCCCUCCUGUGCCUGCGCAGGGUCGGGCCGUCCCCCGCCCCCAACCUCCUCCUGCGUCUAAGGCGGGCCACUGGGUUAAGUCUCUGACGACGGGGCCGUUGACCCGUGGCCGCGCCGCGGCCUCGAGUAAGGGUGAAAUAGGUCGUAGGAGUUCUAGUCCUGGCGCUCGCCAGGCGGGAGACGCCGAGCCGAGGCCUGCGCCCGCCCGUGAGGGGCCCAGGGUCUCGACGCGGGGCGGCUCGAGGCCAGCUGGUCGAGGUGCUGGUAGGCGGGUCGCUCUUCCUGUGGGGUAA